CUAUUGUAAAAUACAAGUGCUUAGUACAGCUUAUGUGUAUUUUUUAGGAUCCAAUGUUAUUUACUGGGCCACUUCGAAGAAACAUCGAUCCUUUUAAUGAAUAUCCAGAAGAAAUGUUGUGGAAAGCAUUAGAAGAGGUGCAAUUAAAGCAUGUUAUUGCUAAAUUACCUGGAGGGUUGGAUACACAUUUAUCAGAAGGAGGAAGAAAUUUCAGCGUAGGAGAAAGACAGUUAAUUUGCCUUGCCAGAACCACUCUUCGUCGGAAUAAAAUUCUUGUUAUGGACGAAGCAACAUCGAAUAUAGAUAAGAGCACCGAUUCUCGUAUACAGAAAAUUCUUCGAGAGAAAUUCAAAUCUUGUACAGUAUUGACAAUAGCCCACAGAUUACACACAAUUAUCGAUUCGGAUAGAGUUCUGGUUAUGGAUACAGGAAGACUGCAAGAAUUUGAUUCGCCGUAUGCAUUACUAAAGAAUGUAAACGGUACUUUUUAUAAUUUGAUAAAGAAAACAGGAAAAACUUCAAUGAAUGAGUUAUACAAAAUUGCCAAAGAUAAAUAUUACGCUAAAGAAAGUAUCGAAAGUACAAGAUGUUAAAAUAAUAAAUCGUCUUCGAUAAUGAUUUUUGUAGAUUUCGUGUUAUGAUUUUUACCAUAAUACAAGAUGUACUGAAAAUUUUUAUUCACAAUUAUUUUAGAAUAUUCUCUUCAAGUGUUAUUUUCUUAUAGGAUGUAAGAGUUUGAAUUGUUAAAAUGUAUAUAUUUGAUACUAUUCGUGAGUUAGGCCCUAUACAUGUGUGGGUAGCCUGAGGUAAGACGAAGUUGUACCUCUUUUUGAUAGACAACAGUUUGGUGAGAACUGCCCACUGGUCAAUGGAUGGCUUGUUUAUGGGUUUUUCUAUCCCGGAAAGUCGGGAUUCUUUUCUCAGGUCGAUUGGAGGAUGUGAGAGGGGUCGUCGGUAAGACGUUGGCGAUACUCGAAUUAAAGACACCAAUUAACAACAAAACAAGGAUUUAUUUAUAAGAUAACAUAACUAACAUAUAUACAUUGAGCUUAUCUCGAGCGGAACCGACACGCGGAAGUGGAGGAAAACGCGUAGAGAGAGAGUUUACAUUAAUGGGUAUCAUACCUCUACGAGGAGGGAAUCGAACGAUCGGACGUUUUCUAACCGAAUCGGACAAGUUGUCUCGAGGAACGGACUGCGGCACGGGUUUUCGGCGAUCAUGAACGGU